GUAAACAAACAAAUAAAAACAAAGUUUGCAGCUACUAAAUUUAAAAUUCCUUCCAACAUGAGUGGAGAAUGGCUUAAAUCGUCAAUAUCUGAACUUAUCCAAGCGUAUAAGUUACAGGAGAACAUUUACAACCAAAAGCAUCAUUUGUAUUACAAUAAAAAAGCGAGAUUUAAUUCUAUGAAAAAAAUUUUAGAUGCUGUCAAGUGUAAUCGACCAGAAACUACCCUCAACGAAAUCACCAAAAAGAUUCAAACACUUCGUACACAGUUUGGACAAGAAGUGAGUAAAAUCGAGAAAAGUAAAAGUCUUGGAGAUGAUUUAGUUUAUAAGCCAAAAAUAUGGUGGUUCACUCAUUUGGAAUGGAUUGGAGAUUUCAUGAAAACAAGAUCCGAUCCUACACCACUCUCUGCAAAAACAAAAAUCAGAAAUACUGAGAAAUUGGAUGAAACUUCCGAUCUCUUUGAGUUCAGUGAUGCCAUUGAUGAUUCCGCAGCGUAUUCUGUGGAAUUUGGGGAAGCUGAAAUGAGAGAUGAAAGCGAACCAUCACCGAAGAAACCUAAAACUUACCAAUCUACAAAAAUAAAAGGAAUAAAACCUGAAAAUCCUGUUUACAUCGCAUCACUUUUGACUGAAAUUACUGACGAUAAAACUUUCUUUGAAUUGCAAGGUAACAUCACAAAUUCCAUUUUCGAAGCAAGCAAGAACCAGAAACUUAUUCGAAAAAGUUCAAAUUCUUAA